UCAUUAGUUAGGGGGAGACUCACUUGCCUGCUGAAAACCAGCACUUCUUUCCCUCCGCUCUGCAGGGUGCUCAGCGCUGGGCACGACUCCCCACAGGCGCCAGCAUGGACCCACCAGGUUGUGGAGGUGCGGUAACGAUGAGGAGAGGAAGCUACGACGAAGCCACGGCCUCUCUGCGCCCUCACUUCCAAAAUAUGUCUCAAAGACGGCGCUCUGCCCCGUCGCUGGUUUUGGGGAAGGCUUUGGGGAUACCGUGGUCUCCGAUCAGGGAGGAGAGCUCCUGCCGGGUGUCCGUGGAGCAGAGCCCUUUUGUCCACGGCCUCACCGGGGAGAACGGAGAGCUGCUGCUGGACGGGUGUGUGCAGGUGACCCAGGGCACAAAAAGCAGGGAGAGACAUCUCUUCCUCUUCAGUGACCUUGUCGUGGUUGCUAAACUCAGGUCCUGCAGCUACCGCGUGAAGCACAGAAUCUUCCUGGAGGACGUCUCAGUUCACAGCUUGGAGGACGAGGGGGGGACGGCGCAGGACGCGGACCCGAGAAGGACCCUCGCUUUUGCUUGGGGUGUCACCUUUUGUUUGGUGUGUUUUAGCUCUCCUGAGGUGAAGGUGCGCUGGUUCGAUACUCUGCACAGCAAAAUUAAAGAGGCAAGGGCAAGAGCUGGUUGUGUGUCUCCUCAGCCUUACGUCCUCAUGAAGGUGUUAGGAAGCACCAAUGCACCUAAAACUCUCAUUCAUGGCAGCAUGGAACAAGUGAUUGACCUUCCGCAUGAGGGCGAUGCAAGCAGUCAAGUUGUGUCCAAGCCGAACAACCAGGAGGAUAAGCUGACGCAGCCACAUGAAUCAAAGUGGAGCUUGGUGAGGACGCUGAAGAAAGGCUCCAGCUUCAUCGGCAGAGCCACUCGACCAGACUCCUGCACCAGGACUCAGAUUUUUGGACAGUCCCUCGGCCAACUGUGCCCGGAUGACUGCUCGCUUCCCAAACCCAUCGCAGAGAUGCUGGUGUUGCUGAGGAAGAGGGGGCCGUCUACAGAGGGAGUGUUCCGGAAGCCGUGCAACAACAAGAACAUGAAGGACAUCAGGGACAGGCUGAACUGUGGCCUGGAGGUGGACUUGGAGGCUCAGCCUGUCGUUCUGCUGGUUGGACUACUCAAAAGUUUUUUGAAGGAGCUUCCUGGCAGCCUGCUGGUGUCCGAGCUCUACGAGGAGUGGAUGGUUGCUCUGCAGCGCCACGACGCCCGGCAGAGAGGACUGGCGCUUCGCAGGGUGGUGGACAAGCUGCCGCCGCCGAACCGCCUCCUCUUGCAGCGCCUGGCCUGCGUCUUCCAUCACGUCCUGGAGAGCGCCGACGUCAACAAGAUGGACGCCUACAACCUGGCGGUGUGCACCGCCCCCACGCUGCUGCGGCUGGAGGUCACGCCGCUCGACCAACAGAAGGAAAUGACCUUGAAGGUCACGGAGCUGACCCAGUUCCUGAUGGAGCACAGCGAGAUCCUGGGAGACAACAUCCCUAACCUCCUGGACACUGACGAAGACUCCGUGUCCUCCCAGCUUCACGACUCGGCGUACGACAGCACCGACCCCGACGGAGACGGCGAGGCCGGAAGGAGCGGCUCGUCUCCCUCGCUCAGUCUCAGCGUGGCGGCGUCGUCCUGCUCCUCCGACGCCGCCUUCGACGCCAAGCAUCCUUACCACCGCCGCUGCUCCGAGCCCAUCAUCCUGCCCUCGGCCCACGUGGCCCACCUGUCCAGGAGCCACGACGACUUCCAGAAGCGGCCUUUAAAAAAGCAAAUCUCCGACGACUCCUUCUGGAGGAGGAGCCGAGGAGGACCCUCUCCCGGUUCCUUUUUUCCCAACAACCAGACCAUGUACUCCUCCAGCUCGUCCCUGGAGAGCGCCGCCUCCAACCGGUCCGAGGGCUCCGUGUUCACCAGCUCCCCGGCGGCGUCUCCGCCUCGCUCCAGGAAACCUCCGCGGGUCUUGGACGAGCCCAAGCGCUCGCCUUCACUGAGAGCCGCUUGCAAAGUCCUGAUGCGGACCAGGAGCUUGGGAGGCUUCAGCAGGACCAGCCUGAAGAAGGAUAAAAACCCCUCCGCUUGUGGAACGCUCAAGGAGGUCUCACCGGGUGCACCCAAGCCCCGCCCCCUUUCUGCCAUGGAGGUGUUCAGGCAGGUGGACAGCAGGCUGCCCUGCAGGCCGCCGCCCUACGAGCGGGUACCUCCCCCCCCCCGGUACGGAUCCAUGACUGUGCACGACGCCAUCGCCCUGGAGAGAAAAUCCCGCCCCUCCUCCGUCAAUUACGCACACCUGCCCAGCUGCUCCGGCGACCACCAGGACCAAGGUCUGGUCUUCCGCCAAAGGGCCAUGUCCGAGUCCGUGUCGGCGAGGCACCACCAGGUGGCGUCUCGGAGGCGCAGCCAGCCUGUGUUUGAGGACUUCUCCUACGCUAAAGAGUCCUACGUUUGAUCAUGAAAGCAAGAACUUUUUAGACAUCGAAGUUGUCACGUUGUGUAAAUGGUAAAUAAAAACAGAAUACGAUGAUUUGCGAAUCCUUUUCAACUUAUAUUCGACUGAAUAGACUGCAAAGACAAGAUAUUUAAAUGCAAUAUAUAAAUUUGCCCAUGUGGUGAUAUCCUUUA